GAAAAAGGCGAGGGGGGGGUCCGAGGAGCAUCUCGCGCAGGCGCAAUGAAACGCGAGUGGCGGCGGGGGGGGCUUUUCUUCAGGAGUUCUGCCGGCCCCCGUCCUUGUCGGAUGGCUUUGAUCAAGAGGCUUCUCCUUUUGCUUUCGGAGUGACCAAAUUUUGCUCUACUCUUAAAGAAGAAUUGCAGGUUUGUCGAUGAAUAAUUUAAAUGACCCACCAAAUUGGAACAUCCACCCUAACGCCAGGGACGACGGAGGCCACGGCAGCAAAUGGAAUUAUGCUUUGUUGGUUCCAAUGCUGGGACUGGCUGCCUUCCGAUGGAUCUGGUCCAGAGAGUCGCAGAAAGAGAUAGAAAAAGAGAAAAAAAAAUUCUAUCAAAAACUGUCCACAGUACAGAGAGAGCUGGAAUCCAAAUAUCGUGACAUAAUCACUGAAAAUCGCCGUUCGCUUGCCCACUUAGAGCUAGAACUGGAAAAAGAACGGAACAGAACAUCAAGUUAUCGUGAAGCCCUCGUCUCCCAGAGCCGUAAACUGGUGGAGGAAAGGAGAACCCUGGAAAAAGAGCACGCCCAGUUGGAACAAGAAAGAAAGAUCCUGCAGCAUUCUGGAGCCGCUGGCGCUUUGUACCAGAGCUGUCUGGAGAAAGAAGCGCAGUGGCAAAAGAGAGCGAGCGCCUUGCUCAAAGAGUUUGAAGAAACUCUCACCGAAAGGCAGGAGAUCUACUGCAGCCUCAUGCUCCCCAGAAACCGGCGACUGGAAAUUGAGAAAAACCUGCUAAUUAGAGCAGCAACUGAUCCGAUUGCUUUGGACUUGGGGAUGGAGAUGGGCUUGAAGGAUAUUUUUAGGCAUGACACCUAUUGCAGCAACUUGCUCAACACCAAUAAACGUCGGAAUGGAAGGCUGAUGUGGCUUUACCUCCAAUACUGGGAAUUGUCUGUGGAACUGAAGAAGUUCAAGAGGGCGGAGAAGGCCUUGUUGGGAAAUUAGUAGCUGAAACUAGUGGCCACCAGUAUCAGGUACACGUGAGUCCCUCUGGUACCAUGUUGUUUCUCUUGUGCUUUCCCACCACCGUCGCCUGUUGGAGUGUCUUCUUAAGUGUUCACUGCCUCUUCCUUUGAAUGGCCAUGAUAAGGUAGUACUAUAAUGCUGUGCGUCAGCUAAGUGUUUCUUGUCUUCAUUAGGCCAGGUUACUGGACCUAGGAGGAUAGGACUUAGAGCUCCCAUCACCUGCAUGGCAACCCUAUUCCCUUUGAGAAGUCUUUCCACUCUGCUUGGAAGCAACUGUCCUAAUUCUGUCUGUCUAUCUAAGGCUGAGAUGCUCUAUAUCAGUUGCUGCACCAGCUGGCUUGUACACCCUUCGUGAUCUAAACUGGGCAAAAAUGCUGCUUCACAGGGCUGAUGUGGAAGCAAAAUAGAUACAACACUAGCUGAAGAAAUGGCCUGUGGACCUCGUGACAACCUGGUAAGACCUCCAGGAGUUGUAAGACAACAGGGGGAAAUAACUACGACGAGGCCCCAGGAGUCACCGUGCCUUUUGAAACAGAUGGCAAAAUCCCUCCACCCAGCCAGGACUUCAUCCACUUACUGCCAUAUGGAGGGAGAAAUCCCAGUUGGCCUUGCAGCUUCACUUAGAAGCCCUUUCACCCUUUUGAUACUUGCAGUCAGUUGAAUCAAACCACCUUGGAGUCUUCUGAGGCAUUCUACCCACCUCAGGUUCCGUUAGAGUUCUUCUGGCUCCUUCCUGGGCUGUCUGAGUUCCUUCUCCUUGCCUUUAGGUUCUCAUCAAUCCAGCUCUCUGGAGCUGUUGACUCGUACUUCUCCCUUCCAGCUCCCUGCCUGGAGUGAGCACCUGCCCUGCUUCUUUCUCUUUAUAUACCUGCCCAGGAAGGUUCCAACCAAUCAACUGCUGACAGUUGCCAGGCCUCGUUCUGAUUGGUGCCUGUGUUGUCCAGCCAUAUUCAGUACUUGAUAAUCCUCCUCAGAUUGUUUCCUCUAGUUGAAACCCUAUUCUAAAAACUUGAAGCCUUCUUUGUUACCUUGUGAUUUCCCCUUCGCGACAGUCACUGGGUUAAGGCAACAGACUAGUUUCUGGGAUUACAUUAUAUAAUUUCAAAACCAUAAUGGUUUCUUUAAAUAAACAAAACAAAGAUCUUGCACCACACUCUAAAAUCUUGUUUUAAGCCAUUUUCCUGCUUGAUAGUGUUCAUUUGUUUGCCCUGUGGCUCAGCAGUUGCUUUGAACAGCAGGGCACCGUCUGUGGAGAGAGUGUGAAGCAGUCUUUAAACAACACCCCUGAGCAAGUACGAAGUAACCACCAUGCGUUCCCAUUCUGUAAUGGGUCACCCAUCUGGAACUCCUCCUCCAGGUGCCCAGGCAGGACAGCUUUUAUAAACAGCAAGAGGGGGAAUUCUUUUCCUAUGAGUCCUGAAUACCUAACAGGUGUGCGCUGGCAGGUGGGCUGCAAGUAAAUUUAUACACUAGUAACUUCUGUAGACUUGCUUGCAAGUUUGAUUUCAGGCCUUUCGUCUGAGGGGGAAAUCUUGCUUUGACACUCCAUGCCUAAGUGCAAUUUUGUACUAUUUGCUGCUAAACAAACAUUUCAGACGAUCACGAAUGCCAAAAGAAAAGAGGCCAGUAUGUAACAGAUGAGAGACAGGACAGUAUACAGUGCUAGAGAAAAUGAUCUAGAUUAGAUUUGAAGAGAGCUGCUGGUACUCCCACAAUUUGUACUUUUCUGUACACAAGUACACAAGGACUUUCUGAUGUUUUCAUGUUGGGAUAAUGUUUGCAAACUGAAA